AUGGUACCUAAGAGGGAACGUUCUGUACUUGUAAGUAGUAUUGACUCUUCCAAAGGUCAAACGAACGGCAAGGUAAAAUGCAUUACUUCUCCUGUGACGAGCAACAAAGCGUUUGUAAUUGCAGUUGUAUUUUCAUCACUUGUGUUAGAUUUUGGAUCCGAAGCUAAGAGUCAGUAUAUCGUUCAAUUUACGAGAGAUUUAUCAAGAACCGCCAACUCAACCAUUUUAAGACAUCAAAAUGUGACAAAAAAUGCAUGCGGUAAAAAAUUAAACGAAAGUUCUAUGGACGAAAUAAUGGGACAAAAGCUUGCUGCAAAAUGGUCGUUCUAUUGUAAUACUGUCGAACAUGUAACAACUCUUCCAAUUGUAAUGCUGUUUGGAAUAUACUCAGACAAAAUAGGCCGUAAACCGUUAUUUUUGAUAUCUACGGUUGGUAUGUUUCUAGAAUAUGGAAUAAAAGCUGUCGCCAUUUACAUGAAGUUACCAAUGUAUUUCUUCGUGAUCGCAGCAGGUGUGGAGGGUUUAACUGGCUGUAGGUACUUAUUCAGUAUUGCAACUAAUGCUAGUAUUGCAGAUACAACUGAAAGGAAUCAAACAAGAACGACGGCGCUGGCUCUUGUGGACGUGUUUCUAGGAAUAGGAACUUUUGCAGCCAAAAUUGGAGCUGGAUAUAUGAUAUCAAGCAUGGGGUACUUCUUCCCAGUAGUAUUGACUGCUGGUCUUAAUAUUUUCAUGGUUAUCUUUAUAAUCGGUUUUGUACCAGAAACGCUACAACGGAAAUCCAAAAAGAAACCAACGUUUGAGAUUUUCAAAGAUUCUAUGUCAUUUUUGUAUGACAAAACACAGAUCCAUGGCAAUAAACGAUGGAAGUUCUUUUACUGCUUUUUCAUGUUCAUAUCUCUAGAAAUUUCCGGUAUGGCAGUAUCUGGAAUAUCAACGAUCUACUACAUGGGGUUUCCAUUUUGUUGGAACUCGAAAAGCAUUGGCUGGUACUCGGCAUCAACGUCUUUGAUCCAUACAACGAUAGGAGCAAUGUUGCUAAAACUGUUCGUGAAACACGGAAAGGACGAACCUUUAGCUAUUAUAGGGCUAAUGUCGUCGAUCAGCAACAAAGUCGUAAUGGGUCUUGCUUCACAAUCAUGGAUGCUUUAUUUGGGAACAAGCGUUGGAGUACUGUCCAUGUUACAAGGUGUGGUGAUUCGCUCAGCUUUAUCCCGGAUGGUGAUAGAGAGUAAGCAAGGCUCUUUCUUUAUGGUGUAUGAACUCGUAGUGAUCUUAACGGCUAUAGCGGGCACCUCUUUAGCAACCAACAUCUACCAAGCAACAGUAACGAUCCUCCGUGGAUUUCCCUUCCUAGUGGCUGCAUGCCUCUACUUUUUCGUAGUGCUGUUGGUAAUAAUUAUAUGUAUAUUUGGUGGUAUGCAUCCAGAAGCUGGAUCGAAAAGGACUAGUACUGCUUACAAAAGGACAAGCGAUAUAGCAACCUAUGGGUCAACUACACAGCAUCCAUCCAAUGUGAACUCGGGUGGGAAUAUAUCAAGCGAGGUGUGA